GCGAGAACGAUCCUUUGGCCAAAUUUUCUUCCCCUCGUCGCUGCAUCCACUUCAAACGUUACAAUGGAUACGGCAAAGAAGCUGAUGCAAGAUCUACGCCAUGCAGGACAUGCCGAUGUCAAAAACCAAAAGAUCGAAGCACUGCUCGUCCUCUUUCAAGAGCAGCCACAGUUGAUAUCCGAAAAGUUCUACUACCAGUCCAACUACAUGACGGCUUUGCACGCAUUCAUCCUGAAAGAAGCCAGUCUGGGCACGAUCAAACGCCUAUGCAGCUUGGCACCCAACUUGCCGCAGCUCCUGGGCACGAGAAGUGAAGAAAUCAAGGAUCGAAGAAGAGGUGAAUGCCCUCUGAACGCAGCGUGUUCAGCUGCACCACGAGAAGAUUUGAUUGUCUUUCUGGCCGAGAAGCACCCAAAAACUCUGACACGAAAAGGUUUCAACGGGGAAAGUGCGAUUGAAAGCGUGAUGAAAUCAGGAGACAUUUCGCAGGAGACCCGUCGCAAGCUCCUGAAGCUGUCUCCUACAACAGGGUUCGACAUGAUCUUGAACAUGGUCCUCAGAGAUACCUUGUUCCCCACUGACUUUGUCGACCUCAUCAUUGAUCGCAAGAAGACUUGGUCAGUAGAAAUCGAAUCACACCUUUGCGCGGAUAAAGCCAGGAUCGUUUGCACAAAAUUGAUACCACGACUUCGUGUGCUGGACUUGCAUACGGAUUGGGAGAGUAACCAAACAUUCCUGGAUGUGACGAACGGAAUUCAGAAAGCCAACAAGGUAGUAGAGAUUCGCCAUUUCACUCUAGCUUCGUUGAGAGGCAUGGGCGAAGACGAGCAGCAAGAGACAAUUCAGGCAUUUCAGGCAGCCCUUGAAGGAAACACCAAGCUCACAUCGGUCAGUCUGCAGUUUGCCUUGGAUUCAUCCCUUGAGGUCAAGAUAGCCUGGUGCACUGCGAUCUUAUCGAGUCUUUCUACGAUGGCAGCUUUGAGAAACUUUUCAAUUGAGAGUAGAUCCUCUAUCUAUGCCUGGCGAGAGACAAAACCGGAUUUUCUAGAGGGGUCUACAGAUGGCUGCCUCAAGCUUGUCGAAAAACACCUUAAUCUCACGACGUUGUCCCCGUGGGAAGGCAAUGACAGAAGGAUCCGGUACUAUUCGAACCUCAAUCGUUAUGGCCGCUCCAAAGCGAGAAACGCGACUGCAAGCCAAAUGGCAGCUAUUCUCACUUCCUUCGAACUCUUUGGACGUUUUAGUUAUAUGGUUUGCUGUGAGGACGACGAGGCUCUCAGCAUUGUCUACGGGUUACUCCGAGAGACACCUGGAUCGUGGUCCAGGGGGGAAAUCCUACCGCCUUCUUUGUCCGAUUGGUCUCCUAAUCGGAAGAAGCGAAGAAAGCUUGGUUUGUGCGAGUCCAUGGCUUUGGUUUCGUAUUUUACCAAGCAUAACGAGCCCCCCUAUUGAUGCAACCGAUGCUUCCACAGUCCACCAUGAUGACUUUCAACGUGGGACAGCAGGUUCAUGAAAGGGGUGGUCAACCGUUGCCAGCAGCAAGAAUCAAAGGAAAUCAACGUCCACGGUUGCUAUCGGUUGAAUGGAUGUGGCUGCCGGCUGCUUAUUUCGUUGCUUCGCUAUAGUGGAAUGAAAUAAUCGUCCUUGUUUCUAUGACAAAU